AUGCGAUCAGCCGCUGCACGGACAGUGCGAACUUUGCAGCUGGCAUUUCUGCGCAAAACAUGUGGUGUCAGCGCGGCAUACUUGUCUUACAAACGAGAAGGUCUGACAUUAUUACAGCACAUAAACGCAAUAUACGAAUCUAGAGAUCCAGCUAAGGUCAAAGAGCUAAACACAGCGCGGCGAACGGCAGGCGAAAAGGUAAUCUCCAGAUUGUUAGCCAAUAUCAAUUGCGAUGCCCUUCGCUGGCGUGCAAAGGCUUUACGAGAUGGUAUCAACUGUACAGUUAAUCUCCCACCACCAGAUCAAGCAUACUUCAACACUGAUGUCCUCGGUGGGUAUAACUGCCAUGGCUCUCUAUUGUUUCGACUCCCAAAUCACAAUGAACCUCCAUUGCAGGAGAGGAACUUCGAUAGGCGUAGUGAGUUUGCGACAUCUCAUUUCCUUGCUGAAUCUGCCGUUCCAGUCCCUGAGGUGUACGACUGUGCCGAUGACAACGACCCUAUGAAUCCUGUUAGUGCUGGCUACAUUUUACUCAAGAAGCUAGCUAGCAAACUAUUGGCCUCUGGCCAAUUAGCAUCUAUCUCUAUAAACCUAGAAAAGCAUCCUCUGAACGCCUUCGGGCGUCUACAGCUAUCGUCUAUGGGGCUACCAGAAGUUUCACCAGCCUUUUUUGAUUACGACUCAAAUGAAAACUUGAUUCCAUUCGGCCCAUUCAGCCAACCAAACGACUACUACAGAGCUCUUGUCCAGCGGAAAAUUCAGCUCAUUGGAACCGUGGAGACCGCAAAUUCUGCGCCUCUAGAUCAAUAUCUUGUCUACAAGAGCCUCCUUGACACUCUCCCACCAAAUGAGUCAGGACCUUUUCCCAUCCGUCACGUGGACUCUAGAAACGCGAAUUUCUUAGUCGACGGUGACUACAACAUUACGGGCAUAAUUGACUGGGAGCUGACUGUUUGUCCUUCUAAAGGAUCGGCUUUCCAAUCCCCUCUCUUGAUGUACAACUUAGGGGGGCUCUACAAUGAAGGUCUAAUUGACCAGGUCAUUGAGACUGAUCCUUGGGACCGGGAAAUGUUUGAGAGCGUUUUCAGUGGAUGGUGGAAAGCCACGCCUGGGGCAGAUAGAUUUGAUUAG